AUGGCAAUGAUCCAUGCAACUUAUGCUAAAGACAAUCAGGGUAACAUGUCUGAACCACUUGAUAAUGAUCAACAUGAUCUUAUUCAACCUAACAUGCAAAUGCAAUUUGAUAUUUCCACAAAUAUCGAACAAAAGGCUGGGAGUUCAAACCAGUGUCUCAAUCCUGAUUACCAAGAUUUUGGAUUUCCAGAUAUUAAUCCAUAUGAAGAUUUUACAGCAUUUGGAGGACAAUAUGGUGAAAUUGCGAAUCAUGAUUUACUUCCUGAUUUACAGGAAAAUAUUGAUCUAAGUCUUGAUCCACCCAUGCCAUUUGAAAGUAAGGCAAAUGAAGGACAGUCUUCUGGACCCCCAAAUCAUGAUAUCAUUUCUAAUUUGCAAAAAAAUGAUCUGGCUCCUGAUACACAGCAACUAUUUUGCAGUGCAACAGUUGAGGGACAGUCUUCUGGAAUCUCGCAACAGAAUACCAUUUCUGAUUCGCAAGAAAAUAAUGAACGUACUCAAUAUUCCCCUCCAUCAGUUGAUGAAUGUUUUUUCAACCAACAAGCGUCUGACUUUGAAUUUGGUGAAAUUGAAUUCGAUAAUUUUUACUGA